AUGGGGAACUUUAAUAUGCUCCCAAAAGAGAUCAUGUUAGAAAUCUUCUCCCGUGUACCAGCCGAGUCUGUUCUAGAAUGCAAAUCGGUAUCAAAAUCGUGGAGAAAUCUGCUUCAACAUCCAUCCUUCCCACAGAUGCACCUGAAUCAUCUCAAUGAUUUUGAUGCUGCUCAUGAUUCGGGUAAUUUGAGUUUGAUAUUCUAUACGAAAUGGUUAGAUAAAGAACCGUUUUAUUAUACCGAGUAUGAUGAGAAUUUAAACCGUUUUACUAGAACAACAAGGAUCAAUGUCAGACCUCCAUUUGAGUAUUAUGAUAUCCUUCAUUCGUGUAAUGGUUUAGUUUGUUUCAGUGCAUACCUUGGAAAUUGCCACAAUAUGCAACCUGCUUAUAUCUGUAAUCCCAUCACAAGAGAGUAUACUGUGAUUCCAAAAUUUGAAGGAAAAGAAUUCUUAGCUGGAUUUGGUUACAGUCCUUCAACCAAUGAGUACAAGGUUGUUAGAAUCAGUAGAGACAUGGGAGACCCAAAUUUUGGAAUUGUUCAGAGGAACGAAAGUAAUCUUCAAGUGAUUUGGAGCAAUGAGUUUAGUAAUUGCUAUGGCAGGCCAAUCAGCUUUACAAAGAGCGGUGGGCUUUUAUGCUACGAUCUUCGUGAUAAUAAUGUGUAUCGGUAUGCUCCAAAAGCUUCUUCUUCCAGAGUGCUUGUGAAUUUCGAUAAGAAGUUUACUGUUGGAGUCCCUCACAAGAACACCGUAGUGUCACUGAAAUCAUUGGAAGAAGAAAAUACGGAACUAUUGAAUUCAGGUGAAAGAGCAAGAUAUAGCUGGGGCCCUAAUGAACAAGAAGCAGCAACCAUUAGCCAACGGAACAGAAGAAAGAAAAAGAUCUCUUAA